GAAUUUUAACAUUGCUUGCUCACACUUCUUAACGUACCAUUUCAAGCUCUUUGGAAAACUGGACAGCAUAAAGAUCUUGAAAUUGCUAUAAGGGACCUCUAGCGGUCAGUGUGUGUCAUCUCUCUUUGGCUGAGACAGUCAGCGGUUACCGGUGGACCUCUGAAAAAGUGUCUGUUUGUCUGUAGAUGGUGGUGUCGAAUGGGCAAUUCACGAAAUGCUGAAAAUAUCAAUUUUGAAGGUGGAGAGUCCAUCUUGCCUCUGGGGUCGGGUUGUUUGCAGCAAUGAGGAGACCAUGGAACAUUACAUUAAUCUCCAGGCUCAGAUGAACCUUUUCUACCAUGAUCUCACUCAAGACCUACAGCGACUGAAACCUAAGUCAUUAGAGGAAGGACAGGUUUAUGUGGUAUUCUGGGCCGUAAAGAGGUCCUGGUGCCGUGCUGUGGUGGAGUCCAUCAUCACAGACCCGUCAUGCUGUCGGGUUAUCUGUUUCCUAGUUGACCACGGAGAAAUGAUUGUGGUCUCCUCAGACAAGAUAAGAGUAUUAGUACAGAAGUUCCUUCAACUUCCUUUCUGGGUGAGGAAGUUCCAUUUGGCAAGAAUCAAACCAACAACUCUGCGAGUAUCUCUAUUUGUAGAAAAAGCAGAACUUGAGCCUUCGAGUCAGUGGGACUGCUCUGCUACACUAUACCUGCACAACUUGCUUCAAGCAUCCACCCAAACAGAAGCUGUGAUUCAUGACUUAGAGUCAGAGUCUACUGCCAUUGAGCUCUAUCUGACCAUCAGCAACAUCAAGAUCUGUGUGAACGAUGACCUGGUGGCUAAUAGGUUUGCAUAUUACAGCAGCAGUGGCCUGGAGGCAUGUGACAGAUUUCCUCUCAUGAUGUCCUCCAACAUCUUAACUCAGACCAUUUCCAAAUCGUUUGACCACCACACUGAGCAGAAUCUACAUUCUUCUAGUCAACAUCGAGGGUCAUCAGAAAGUCCUGAUACUUCAGAAGUAGGGGAUUGGCUGCCUCAGAGCCGACUCCUUGAACUGGUUACUUGUGAAGAAGGCAGCAGGUCAGAGGCCACAAAAGAACUAACUUCUUUUAAAAACCAAUCUAAGUAUGGCCCAAACGUUUCUGGAGCAGAGAGGUUCUUGAAGUUUUUGAAUCCUGGCACAGGCAAUCAAUUGGUGCUGUCAAACAUGGGUCAGAAGGCUGAGCUUAAGAACUGUCAACCUGAGGUGACUAUACUCUCUGAAUCUUGCACGGAUCAAGAGCUGCAUGCUACUAGCAUGUUGUCAGAAACCAAUGAUUUGAAUAAAACAGUGGACUGCAGACACAAAACAGAACUGCGGAGGAGUGAAGAGGACAGGGUCUGUUCACGCCUUUUAGAGUGGCUGAACCCAGAGCCUUUUACCUCUGACUCAAACACAGGAGAUGAGGUGCCUUUACUCAGCGAUCCCUGGGUUAAGGGUAUUCUAUGUCAUUCAGCCAUUUCAGUGGAACCAUGCAAAACUUUGGAGGAUGCUCCCAUCACAGAUUCUCUACGUCAGGUCUUGAAUCGGAAAAACUACCACACUCUUUUUCCAUCUGACCGCUACAGUUGGCCAGCUGUGGCGCGUGGAUGCAAUACUUUAAUUAUUUCCCAGAAUGCUGACGAGCCACUUGGCUACCUUAUCCCUCUCCUCACCCACAUACUUUUGAAUUCCAUCCUCUUAUCCCAGCUCUCUAGCUCAGGGCCCAUAGCAGUGCUGCUGUGUCCAGGCUGGGAGAAGGCUCAGGUGGUAUACGACCUACUGGAGGACAGCAAGGUUUCUCGCAGCCUCCACCCAGUUAUUGUCCUGGUGGGCACUGGGAAAGAUGAAGUCAAGGCUGUAAAAAUCCCCAAAAACUGCCUGGUUUUAGUGACCACCCCUUUCACUUUCGUGCGUCUGCUGUCUUGUCACUGCUUUCUUUUCCUGCGGCUGCAUCAUCUGCUAUUAGAUGAGGCUGACCAGCUCUUCACUCUUGCACCUGAUCAGAUGGCAACCAUCUUACAACAUUUUCAGAAGGUGAGUGCCAGUGAAGAGAAGACAUCCUGUCCUCGGCAGCUGGUUGCUGCAGCCAAAAAAUGGACUAGUCCCAUGGAAGAUCUAAUCUCUUGUCAUAUGCCAAACCCCUCAAUUGUCAUAACUGUCCCUGAGGAAGCUGCGCUCUAUGGUAACAUUCAGCAGGUUAUCCUAAUGACCUUUGAGAGCAACAAGAUAUCAGUACUGCUGGGAGCGUUGGAUUUCAGUCCUGAUGUUGGCCAGAAGACACUGAUUGUUGCGAACUCUGUUCAGGAGGUUGAAGAUGUGUUUAAGGCUGUCAGGAACAAAUCAGCAUUCUGUCUCAAGACCCAUGAGGGAUUACUGGACAAACUUGACUUUGUCAUCCAGCAGUGGAAGAAAAACAUUGGUCCUGGCACUCAUGUUAUUCUAGUGAGCACCAGUGAGUGUUUGAAGUUCCUUGGCAUCAGAGAUGCAACUUGUGUUGUCCACUAUGGAUUUCCAUCUUCUCCCAAACAGUUUGGCAGCAGACUCUUCUGCAUGGCUAAGAACUUCAGAAACCUAUCUGAACAAGAUCAAACAGAUGGUUGUUCUCUGGUCACCAGGUCAGUGCUACUGAUCUCAGAAGAAAAUGCUCGCCAUGUUGUGGGAAUUCUCCGUUACCUGGAACGAACUGAUGCACCACUCCCUCCUGUGCUACUGACUUUUGCUGAGGGUGUACAUGUGGCCCGUGAAGACCUGAAGACCAAUCGACCUUUCUGUAGCUAUCUGAAGAGCUUUGGAAUGUGCAGGGACAGAAGUGUGUGUCCUGAUCGGCACAGGUUCAACCCUCAGUUGGAUCAGUCAGCAUUCCCUGCCGCUGGAGUCAUUGAAGUUUUGCCUCUCUACAUUAAGACGGCAUCUGUCUAUUAUGGUCGCUUGGUCAGACAGAAUCACGAAGAAUUUGAAUCAAUGGCCUCUGAGAUGUUCUCUUAUUAUGCUGACAAGAAACCUGGAGCCAAGGAGCUGCUGGAAGGAGCUUUAUAUGCGGUGCAAGAGGAGGGGAUCUUCCACAGGGUUAAGAUCCUUUCGUUACCUGACCGUGGUGAGAGCCUGUUUUACAAUGUCUUGGUUCAGUUCAUUGAUAUUGGAAAGGAGGUUGACGUCAAAUCCCAUCAGAUCCUUGAACUACCAGAACAGUUUCAUUCUCUACCUUACCAAGCCAUUGAGAUGGUGGUCUGCCGGGUGAAGCCAGUUGAUGCUGAGAUUGAGUGGCAUCCAAAGGUCACAAGAGCUAUCAGCCAGAAGAUCCGAGGUCUGCAGCAUCGAGCCAGAGUUGUCCUGGGCCUAGGAAACACAGUUUUUGUCGAUCCUAUGGUGCGGGUUACUCAGAUGCCGGGUACAAAAACUCUCAUCAACGAGUACAAUGUCCAGUCUGAGAUCCUUAAGACAGGGAUGGGAGUGAGCAACCCAGAGCAUCUAGACUUCAUGAGAGGAUUGGGUCAAGAUAGUGUAGUCAAGUGCUGCACAUAUGGAGGUCACACAUCAAGAAUGAUGGAUAGUUCGCUGUCAGAGGAACACACACUGGCUAUGGCUUUCAGAGUUGCUGAGGUCAAGAAAGUUGCUGCUUUAGAUCCUUCUCAUCAGCAGGCGCCAGCAGGACCUGAAGUCCCCCUGCUCUCAGUUCGCAAUCAGAAAUCCCAUUUGGACAGUGACAUUGACUUCAAACAGAAAAACGUGAAUCUUGUUGAGAAGAUUAAAAGCAUCGAAAACGGAAGAGAAAUUUACAAAAGUAAUCCUGCUGCCUCUUUGAGCCUUCAUGAAAAUGGCAUGCCUGAUGGAGAUGAGCAGGUUGUAUCCAGUGAUGGAAAAGUCAGCAAAAAUCUUUCUAAGAGUUUAUACCCUCACAUCAUUUGGUACCAGACCUGUGACUCUUUAAUUGUAACAGUGAAGUUGAUGAACCCAGAGAGUCAACGCUGUGAUUUCUACACUGACAGAGUUGUUUACAGUGGCAGAGUGAACGGUCGAUCUUACAAGGCUGACCUGGAGCUUCACCAGAACAUAGCAGCUGACUCUUGCCACUGGGAAAUGAAGUCCAAUCAGCCUGUUCUUAAACUGGUAAAACAGCAGCUAGGAUACUGGCAGAGACUCAUCAGAAGUAAGAAUAUUUUUGUGAGUUAUGACAUGGAACAUGUUGAUGAAGAGGAAGACAAAUCAAGUUGUCUGUGGUUUGUGGAGAAUACAGGAGAGGAAAACUGUUACGUGAACAUGGAGAGUGGCAGCGAGAGUGACUGAAAGCAAAAUGUUUUUGUCUUAUUCACAUCUUCUUCAACUCUUCCUUUUAAGUAUUUUGCAGAUUACUUUUUUAUUUUCUUUUUUGUUGCCACAUGUAAUUAGAAUUUAGUUGGUUGCCCUUUAGGGCCAAAACUGUGGGUCUAAAAUCUAGCUGUUUGCUCGCAAGUUUUUGUUUUAUAAAUGUUCUCUUUUUCUAUGGUUUUGGUAGCAUAAAGGAAGAAGUGUUGCCUGCAUCUACAGUCACAGAUGAUUAAAUACAGAAGCAUUCAUUGUCAUUCAUUAUUUUGAAUUCAGUUCUGGUAAAAUGUAACUAUUUGCAUUAAUAAGUAUUAUUCUUAUAGAGAUACAAUCCCUAAUCACAUUCAAGACAGUGUGGGCAAUUCAAGAAACAAAUCGUUAGCUUCAUGUUUUCGGUUACUGUUACAAUAUCAGUAAAACAUAGUAUGUUUUUGAUGAAAUAAUAGUUUUUUCUUGUUUGGCGAAAACAUUCAUAUGACUUAGGCAAUUAGGAGGCUAACAAAAUACUUAUACAAUUAAAUAAUAAUAAAUAUAUAUAAUGGAAUAUUUCCACUAAACCAGUAGCUUGAAAAUGUCAAAUAAAUAGUAUUCCACCUUGUUACUGCACUAACUUAGAUCUGUUUCAAGUUGGGAUCCAGAUGUGAUGUGUACACCUUGGUGUUCAUUCACUUCUCCUCAUUUAUAUAUCACCAAUUCACAUGAAAUGUCAUUUCACUGUACUUUACAAGACAAUUGACCCUUAAUCAUUUCCAGAAUAUAAAAAUAAUUAAUUCUCUCUUUAAGAAAACCCAGUACAUUGCAUAAAGUCAUUGACUUUGCAGCAGUCCUUCACUAGCUUAACAGCACAGAUAUCUUCAAAUAAUAUUUGCCAGAAGUUUGCCACUGACCCAAGUUUGAAAGUACUUGCCCAAACUAUGCUUUGUUAUAACCACAAGUGCUGCUGUCUCUUUUUUUUUGUAAGGCUUGCAUUAUUUAUAUAAGUACACAUUGGCAUUGUUUGUGGCCUUCUUGCCUUCUGUUAAUAUCCACAGGAGCACUGAGAGGUGGAAAGGUCCGUCAUUUUUGGGGCUUUACCAAGAGAAAUUGAGACGUUGCUAUUAUAAGAUAAACAUUACAAGUGUCUUUCAGCUGCCUCCUGACAACUGGCAUACUGCUUAGUAUAAUCUUAAUAAACUUUUAGCUUGUUGUAGCAUUGCUGGAUUACAAUAACAGUUAGGCCCCAAAUUAUGCGUACAGUUAUUCAAAUUUAGAUUUAAAACAAUCUUUUAGUUUGCCCACCUGUUUCUUGUGACUGGAAGUAAGAUCAAAGUUUUCAAGCAGCCCAGCCAGAGUCCUGUCUUGAAGUCAAUAAUCUAUGCAGGGAGCUACAGUUAGUAUUAUGGGAAUGCAAAGAGGCCUUCCAACCUCAAAGACUUCAAGAUGAAUGCUCAAAAUAGAGAUGUAAACAAGUACAUUUCGUCUCAGGAGUUGUACUCCUUAGAGAUUGCGGCAAUGCUUUUUCCAUUGAUUUUUGAUAUUAAUAAUUCUUGUCGAGUAAUUGUUUCUGUUAUAAGAAAAAUAAAAUUAGAUUUUUUUUUCUUUCAAAAAUUAUAUCCCUUGUAUAAUCAGAAACAAAUUUGUUGGUUGAUUGAAAAUAAUUUUAAAUAUAAAUCUGCCAGUGGUAUGAAUAAUUGUGGGCUUAACUGUAGGUGUAAGAAGGCUCUGUUCACACCUGCGUAAAAAAGGAAAGUCACAACGGGUUUUUGUUUUUACAGUUAUCAACCCUUAAAAUAAGGUCCUAUUUUCUUAUUUUGUGCAUAUGUUGUAUAGAUAGCUCUUGUAGGAUAAACCCGAUUCAUCAGUUGAAAGACUUGAUGUUUUUUUUUUUUCAUUCUGAAUAUUUGUUUGAAUUGUGCAGUUUUACAUCGCAUCUUAAAUAUUUUUGCUUUUCUUUGAACUACUAGUAAAUGUACCUUUAUAUAUUUCUUGUUACCUUAAUGUUCCAUAAUAUCUAAUAAAACAAAAAAGUUGUCUAUUA